AUGGGUUCGUGUUUUUCAAAUAGUAAAAUUGAGCCACCAUUGAAAACAUCAAGUACUUCACCACAAAUACCAUUAGUAUCUCAAUCUAGUCAUGAUUCAUCUCUAACAUUGAAUCCAUAUAUGAAUAAAAUCAAUGAAAUAACUUCAAAAAUCGAAUUUGAUGAAUUAGUAAAUGACACACUCAAUACUAAUUUGUUAAUUGUAUGCGAUUUUUAUGCUGAUUGGUGUCCACCAUGUUUACAAAUUGCACCUACUCUACGUGAAUGGGCAUCGAAUGAUUAUAAAACAUCUGUUAUUUUUAUGAAAAUUGAUGUCGAUCAAAAUAGUGAUUUAUCAAAUAAGUUUUCAAUUAGGGGUUUACCGACUUUUAUUUUAUUCAAGCAAGGAAAAGAAGUUUGUCGUGUAACAGGCGGAAAUUCAAAUAGUCUUAGAAAAGAAAUUGAUAAAUUCACAUAG